AUGGAACCGAGCGCAAAACUGAAGAAGAACUCACAACUACCUAGGGCGGACCUGCCGCAGUUCUACCUUUUGGUAGCACUGUACUUUGUGCAGGGGAUCCCUGUCGGACUCGCUUUUGGGGCAAUACCGUUUCUCUUGAAGUCAAUGGCCAAACAGACAUCGUUCACAUCGUUGGGUGUAUUUUCGGUCGCUACGUACCCAUACUCUUUGAAGAUCCUUUGGUCACCCAUAGUGGACUCGUGCUACAGUAGGAAGAUUGGUAGAAGGAGGACAUGGAUCAUCCCCGUACAGUUGGUCAGUGGGCUGAUCUUGAUCCUUCUGGGCUGGAUGAUCUCACACAAUUACAUAUUCGAGGGUGUUGACAAUGCAUUCCAUGGCCUGCCCAUCGGGUUGACCAACGUUAACAUCAUGUCCCUAGUUUGGUACUUUGGACUUUUAGUGUUUCUAUGCGCUACACAGGACAUUGCGGUUGAUGGAUGGGCUUUGACAAUCCUGUCCAAGCAAGCAUUAUCGUACGCAUCAACAGCACAAACUGUCGGGUUGAAUAUAGGAUACUUCUUGUCCUUUACGGUGUUCUUGUCCCUCAAUUCCAACGACUUUGUCAACAAGUACUUUAGAGCAGAGCCUAAACCUUAUGGAUGGGUCUCUCUAGGAGGAUACAUGAAAUUUUCUGGUAUCGUAUACAUUCUUUUGACCAUGUACGUGGUCUUGUUCACUAAAGAGCGCCCCCCCAGAGUAAGAAACCUUGCCCUUCCACAAACUACGAACCAGGGGAUUGAAAAAGCUGAGCUCGAGUACCAAGAUGGCGACGUUGCCACUGACGAAAAGGAUACACAGGACAUCGGUUACAUCUAUCGCUGCUUCUUAAAAGUUUUGGGGCUACCCCCCAUCAGAAUGUUGGUCUUCAUCCAUUUGAUCGCUAAAGUAGCCUUCCAAUGUAAUGAAGGUGCGACCAACUUGAAACUGCUCGAACGUGGGUUCAAAAGAGAGGACCUUGCAGUGACGGUGUUAAUAGACGUCCCCUUUGAGAUCAUUUUCGGUUACUACGUUGCCAAAUGGAGUUCCGAUGCAGAUCAGUCCAGGGACGGUGCACAUGGCUCAAUCCUCCGGGCCAAGAGAGAGGGGGCACUUCAACGUAUUAACAGAUUUUUCGUGGGCGAUGCGGGUGUGCUGACCCCAUGGUUGUGGGGGAUACUAGGGAGACUUACUGCCGCCGCAAUGGGUAGCUUUGUCGUAGCACGGUUCCCAAGCGACGGGCAGAUCACAACUGGGUACUUUCUGCUGGUUGUCUUCCAGCAUCUAUUAGGAUCCUUUAUGAACACCGUUCAGUUUGUUGGUAUCUCUGCAUUCCACACGAGGAUAGCAGACCCUGUCCUUGGCGGUACAUACAUGACUCUACUGAACACUCUGAGCAAUUUUGGCGGUACCUGGCCCAGAAUCAUAGUGAUGUCCAUGAUCAACCAUUUUACUCUAUUCAAAUGUGUUGCGGAGAAUGGCGUUACUUUUGUUAGGGGCACAGGAGAACUGUGCACCACUGAGCUGAUGGGCACACCGACGCUCGUGAGGGAUGGAUACUACGUCGUCAACACGGUGUGCGUUCUUCUUGGGAUUGUCCUGUACUUCGGAUUCCUCAAGAGGGAGGCUCAAGUGUUGCAGAAAUUACCGGUCAGUGCAUGGCGGUGUACAUAG